CUCAGGCGGCGCUCCGGAGAUGCCUGGAGGCAGCCGCUCUCGAGGUUCCAAGAGAAAAAGGAGUUGGAAUAUAGAAUGCCCAUCCUUUCCAGGAGAAAGACCACUGCAGGUCAGAAGAGCAGGUCUCAGGACAGCAGGGGCAGCUGCCUCUCUAUCUGAAGCAUGGCUCAGGUGUGGAGAAGGGUUUCAGGACACUUCUGGGACUCUGUCAUUAACAGCUGAAGAGAAGACGAUUACAGAAAAGCACCUUGAAUUAUCCCCUAGACCCAAGCAAGAAACCACCACAUCUAAAAACACCAGUGGGCUUACAGACAUAACAUGGAGUUCCAGUGGAAGUGAUUUGUCGGAUGAAGAUGAAUUACAGUUUAUCGACUGGGAGAUUGACAGUGACAGGGCAGAGGCUAGUGACUGUAAUGAAUUUGAAGAUGACAAGGGUGCUGUGGAAAUCUCAGACUGUGCUUCUUGUGCAAGUAAUCAGUCUUUGACAAGUGAUGAGAAGCUAUCUGAACUUCCCAAGCGAAGUUCUGUAGAAAUUUUAGAGUAUUCAUCAGAUAGUGAAAAAGAAGAUGACUUGGAAAAUGUCCUACUCAUUGAUUCAGAAUCCCCUCACAAACACCACGUGCAGUUUGCAUCGGAUGCAAGACAGAUUAUGGAGAGACUGAUAGUUCCAAGGACAAAAUCAACAGAGACCAUUUUGCAUACACCUCAGAAACCCACAGCUAAGUUUCCCAGGACUCCAGAAAAUUCAGCAAAGAAGAAGCUUUUAAGAGGUGGACUAGCAGAAAGACUAAAUGGACUGCAGAAUCGAGAGAGAUCUUCUAUUUCUUUGUGGAGACAUCAAUGUAUUUCUUACCAAAAGACACUUUCAGGUAGAAAAUACGGUGUAUUAACUGUGAAAAUUUUAGAGCUGCACGAGGAAUGUGCCAUGCAAGUUGCCAUGUGUGAGCAGUUAUCGGGGUCACCAGCCACCAGCCUCUCCCGAAGUGUGGCCUCCAGGCCUGGAGCUGGCCUGAAAGUUCUCUUCACCAAGGAGACUGCAGGCUACCUCAGGGGCCGUCCCCAGGACAUUGUCCGGAUCUUCCCUCCCUGGCAAAAACUGAUUAUUCCAAAUGGAAGUUGCCCUGUUAUUCUGAAUACUUACUUUUGUGAGAAAGUUGUUGCCAAAGAAGAGUCAGAAAAAACUUGUGAAGUAUACUGUCCAGACAUACCCCUUCCAAGAAGAAGCAUCUCUUUGGCCCAGAUGUUUGUAAUUAAGGGUCUAACAAAUAAUUCACCUGAAAUCCAGGUUGUGCGUAGUGGUGUAGCCACUACAGGGACAGCCUGGACCCACGGGCACAAAGAAGCAAAACAGUGCAUCCCAACCGACACUCCCCUGAGGGAUUCUCUCCUGGAUGUGGUGGAAAGCCAGGGAGCUGCCUUGUGGCCAGGAGCUGGAGUCCGAGUGGUGGUGCAAAGAGUGUAUUCUCUUCCCAGCAGAGACAGCACCAGGGGUCAGCAGGGGGCCAGCUCAGGACACACAGACCCAGCUGGAACUCGAGCCUGCCUUCUGGUACAAGAUGCCUGUGGAAUGUUCGGUGAAGUGCACUUGGAGUUCACCAUGUCGAAGGCAAGACAGUUGGAAGGGAAAUCUUGCAGCCUGGUGGGAAUGAAGGUUCUACAGAAAGUCACCAGAGGAAGGACAGCAGGGAUUUUCAGUUUGAUUGACACCCUAUGGCCCCCAGCGAUACCUCUGAAAACACCUGGCCGUGACCAGCCCUGUGAAGAGAUAAAAACUCAUCUGCCUCCUCCAGCCUUGUGUUACAUCCUCACAGCUCAUCCAAAUCUGGGACAAAUUGAUAUAAUUGACGAAGACCCCAUUUAUAAGCUUUACCAGCCUCCAGUUACCCGCUGCUUAAGAGACAUUCUCCAGAUGAAUGAUCUUGGUACCCGUUGCAGUUUCUAUGCCAGAGUGAUUUACCAAAGACCACAGCUGAAGAGUCUGCUUCUUCUGGAGCAAAGGGAGAUCUGGUUGCUAGUGACCGAUGUCACUCUGCAAACGAAGGAGGAGAGUGACCCCAGGCUCCCCAAAACGCUGCUGGUCUAUGUGGCCCCCUUGUGUGUGCUGGGCUCUGAAGUCCUGGAGGCACUCGCUGGGGCUGCCCCUCACAGCCUCUUCUUCAAGGACGCUCUCCGUGACCAGGGUCGGAUUGUUUGUGCUGAACGGACUGUCCUCUUGCUUCAGAAGCCCCUUUUGAGUGUGGUCUCUGGUGCAAGUUCCUGUGAGCUGCCUGGCCCGGUGAUGCUCGACAACCUGGACUCUGCCACACCUGUCAACUCUAUCUGCAGUGUUCAAGGAACUGUGGUUGGCGUAGACGAGAGCACUGCUUUCUCAUGGCCUGUGUGUGACAUGUGUGGCAACGGGAGAUUGGAACAGAGGCUGGAAGACAGAGGCGCCUUUUCCUGUGGGGACUGCUCCCGGGUGGUCACAUCUCCUGUUCUCAAGAGGCACCUGCAGGUCUUCCUGGACUGCCGCUCAAGACCCCAGUGCAGAGUGAAGGUCAAGGUAAGAGCCAGGCCAGAGCACGCACUCACUCCUAGCUCACUCCAACAUAGCGAAGCUGUUGCAGCGCAGCAUUUCCUCCCUGCUGAGGUUUGCCGCCGGUGAAGAUGGGAGCUACGAAGUGAAGAGUGUCCUCGGAAAGGAAGUGGGGUUGUUAAAUUGUUUUGUCCAGUCCGUAACCGCCCACCCGACCAGCUGCAUUGGAUUGGAGGAAAUCGAGCUUCUGAGUGCAGGAGGGGCCUCUGCAGAACACUAGCGGUUGCCGCAGGAUCUGUGAACUUUGCAAUGUGGCUGCAAGAGUGGUGGUGGUGGUGGUGGUGAUUUGGGGUAGUUAUUUGUUAACUAUGGACACAGUGAACGUAGUUUACGAUCUUGAAACUUAGAUUUUUCUGGGGAAAUGUUAAGAUAUAGUUUGUGAACUGUAAAUCAAAAUACCUUUUUCUACAGUUUUUUAUUUUCUGCAAAUUUAGGAACAUAUUUACUCUUGUUUUCACAUUGAAUCUUAAGCUUAAGCUCUUCAUUUGGUAUUUAGGCAAUAUAUGAGAAAAAAAAUUUUGUUCCGUUUGUAAUUUUAACAAGUUGAACAUUUUACCAUGAUUGAACAUGUUUUUCUUACAGUAUUUGUUUUAACAUUCCCCCAAAGAAUACCCUGCAAAGUGUAAACCUUUGUCCCAUACUGUGAUAUUACUGUUCUGCUACAAUAAAUGUCAAACCUAAGCACUUUGCAGUUCACUACUUUUGGGAAAAUGUUCUAGGGAACUGUAUCACAGGUGAAACUGUUAAUAAAGUGUAGCUCUCUGAA